ACUUGAAAUUAACUUCUUCCCAUAGAAUGUCACACACAGUUUUUAACUGUUUUUGACGUAAAUAAAUAAAUGAAACCCCAAAAUGGAUUGAAAUAUUGUAAAAAAUAAAAUUUUGUCUGUUUCUAUGGUUGUUUGUUCAGUAUUUGAAAGGAUGUAUUACCAUCUUGCAUUUGCACACCAUUUCUACCGAACUUCAAUAUUGUGAAGUACUGAUAAAAUUAUAUCAUUAACAAAUUGAACGUAAUAAAUAAUAAUAGUUCAAACCCUCUGGUAAGAGUUCAAUAGAGGUAUUACAUUUUUUUUUUUUUUGUUUUCUAUUUAUUAAUAGCAUGGAGACUUUGUGUUUGUUACCUGAUCUUAGAAUGAAGUCAGUAAAAGUUGCUGCUUUUGUCUGAUUUGAUUUUGCAUUCUUUGCGUUGACAUAACGGUGCUUUAACUGAUAUGGUCUGAGUGAUUUGGUAGGCAUCAAAUAAAGCUUUGACAUUGAGUUUCUGAUACGUAAGUUCAUCAUUAUCCCAUUUGACUCUUUUUUUUCCUUUUCUCACCUUAAUAUAUUUAACAGAAAAACAUGAAUUAAAACCAUCAGUCCAAUAAUUUAUGACAAUUAAAGCCAUUAUUUACAUUGUCUAAACAUUCAUAAAUAACAUUCUUGUUGUGAUUUUCUAUUACUUGCUAUAACAUUGCUAAAACAAAUAGUUUUCUUCAUUGUAUUUGCAUUUUAGAGCUUUUGUUACAAUUAUUAAUAUUUUAAGAGGUAGGAAUUAUGACAUGACAUUUCACUUAAUCGUGUAAGUGGUGAAAGUAUUGUUCAGACGUAAAAUGACAUUGCUGUGUGGAGUUGCACUCAAUCUGCUUGAUAUUUAAAAUUACUAAAAAGCUUUCAACUUACGUGCAGCAGAGUAGCAUCUAUUCUUGUAUUGCAAGAUUUGUAAAGUGAUAAGGGCCAAGAAAACUAAUUUGGUGAUUUUACUUGUGAGGUACUGUAAUCAAGUAUAGACCAUGACAACUUAUGACGAUGAGCUCAUGUGGAAACAGUACAAACAAAUUAGUUAUUAUUUAGAUAUUACCUGGAGAGUAGUUUUUGACAUGAACAUCACUAGAGCAGAAAAUCUUUUCACUUCUGAUAAACCUUUCAGAAUAGAAAUUAAAAUGGGACAAUAUAACAUUUCUCAAGCUUCGUCCUCUAUCACAUACGUCAAGUUGUCAUACUUGCAUGAUCCUGCUGUUCAUGAUAACCUCAAAACAGACGGCCAUGAGCAGCACGUCGAGGCAGCCCUUGAAGUAGUCGGUGGUGAAGCAGUUCUUCCUGCAAAAAAAGCAGCGGCGGCGGCGGCGCCGGUCAGCGCGGGAGAGGCAGCCAGCGAGCGGCGAGGCCCGACUGAAAGAGUGUAUAAAAGUGUACAUCGUGAAUAUAUUGAAAGUUAUGAAACCACAUUAGCUGAUAAAUUAAGUACAGCAAAGAGUAAAGUGUAUCAAAAAUACAAACAAACAAACAAAAAACAGAAGUCUCUAUUGUAUUUUCAAAUAAUCAACCUAACUUACUUUCAAAAUUAA